GGCCCAUCACCAAACCCAUAAACCCUCCCCCCGCUAGGGUUUGAGCCGCCGCCGCCCGCCAUGGCCGCUGAUACCUCGAAGCCCUUCUUCCCGGCGGCGCCGCACCCUGCGCUUCUCCCGUCCCGCGGCGCCGCAUCCCGCGCUUCCCCGGAGGCCUCCUACUGGCGCGCCUUCCGCUCCUCCGAGCUCGUCUCCGGCGCCGAGUUCCCCGUCACCGACCUCAGCUUCGCCCCAGCCACCGGCCGAGCCACCCCGACCCUCGCCGCCGCGUGGUCCACCUCCGUGCACCUCUUCUCUGGCGAACCCCUCGAGCCGCUCCCUAAGAUCUCCGUCGCCGGCGACCUCGCCUUCUCCCCUUCCUUCCGCUCCGACGGUGCCCUCCUCGCCGCCGGCGACAAGAAGGGCGUCGUCCGCGUCUUCCGCGCCGACAAACCCACGGCGGGGCCCCUCCGCACGCUCCGCGCCCACGCCGCCGAGACCCGCGUCGUCCGGUACCCGGUCUUCGGCGGCGACAAGCUCCACCUCCUCACUGCCGGCGACGACGCGCUCCUCGCCUACUGGGACGUGCCCUCGGAGACGCCCGUCUUUACCGUCCCCACCGCGCACCGGGACUACAUCCGCGGCGGCGCCGCAUCCCCUGCCGACUGCAACCUCUUUGCCACUGGCUCCUACGACCGCAGCGUCAAAUUGUGGGAUGCCCGCACGGGAAACACCGGCCCGUCUUUGUCUUUCUCCCACGGGGAAGUGGUGGAGAGCGUGCUGUUCCUGCCGUCGGGUGGGCUGCUGGCCACCGCUGGAGGGAAUGUGGUCAAGAUUUGGGAUGUCAUUGGCGGCGGACGGCUCGUGCACUUGGUGGAGAGCCACGUCAAGACAGUGAUGGCGCUUGCGCUUGGGAAGCUUUGCAACACCGGGGAAGUCCGUCUGGUUAGUGCGGGGAUUGAUGGUUAUGUGAAGAGCUUUGAUUUUGGGAAGCUUAAGAUCACACACUCGAUGCGGCAUCCUCAGCCACUGCUGUCUGUGGCAUGCUCACCCUGUGGUUCGGUUCUGGUGGCUGGGUCUUCGAAGGGGAAGAUUUAUAUGGGCAAGAGGAAGAAGGUGGCGGUGGAUGACGAGGAAGGGAGGAAGGGUGUCAGUGGUGAGAUCGAUUGGGUAUCGCCUGAGCCGGAGAAGCCAGUGUUGAGGCCAAAUUACUUUAGGUACUUCCUUCGCGGACAGAAUGAGAAGGCCAAGGAUGGAGACUUUGUGAUUGAGAAGCCCAAGAAGGUGAAGUUCGCGGAGCAUGAUAAGUUACUGAGAAAGUUCAGGCACAAGGAUGCUCUUGUUUCGGCUCUGGUUAAGAACAAUGCGAGGAGCGUUGUGGCUGUGAUGGAGGAGCUGGUUGCGAGGAGAAAGCUUGUGAGGUGCAUUGGGAAUUUGGGAACAGAGGAACUUGGGCUUCUGCUGGAGUUCCUUCGCCGGAAUGCAACUUUGCCAAGGUAUGCAAGGUUCUUGCUUGGGGUGGCAAACAAGGUGGUGGAGAUGCGUGAGGAGGAUAUCCGAUCGGAUGAGAAGCUGAGGGUACACAUUAGGAAUCUUAAGAGAAUGGUUGCAGAGGAGAUUCAGAUACAGCACACGUUGCAGGGAAUUCAAGGGAUGAUCUCACCCAUGCUGGCACUUGCCAGUAGAUGAACAGGUGCUUUUCUUUGAAGGGAAUUUUUGUUAUCUGUUAGUUUACAUGAUGGCUUCCAUACACAAUGAUGUAUGUUAUUUUGGAAAAUCAUGUUUGUUGGUGAAGUUUGCCUCUCUGGUGCCCCUAAAAUUCUUAUCAACAUUUUUCCAGUUGUGCUCAUUUUGAUGGUAUUAAUUGAUAUUCAAGUGUUGCAAACAUGCAAAUGUCACAACUUCUGUCACCAUUGGAUAAUUCUGCAUCUAUAAGUAAUCGGAUAUCAAUUGUUCUGUUUGUGCUGAAUUAGUUUCAAAUUAUACGGGGUGCUGAGCACAUUGAGCUAAAUUUGUCACUUCACAUUGAGGAAAUAGCUUGUUUGGUGGUUCAGACUUCAAGACCGAAGCUCUUUGCUGAUCUCACCAGUUCUUCCGUUCCAGCCAUCGAGGCAUUCUACACUUCCACGUUGCAGAAUACCUUACAAUUCACAGUUCAUUGUAUGUUAUUUUUGCACUACUAGCUAACGGAAAUACAAACUCUGCACGAGAUAACUAUGGCUACUGCUUGCGUCAAUGGAUCUAGGGAGUGAUUCUGUAUUGAAGGGCUGGUUUUUCUCUGCAGAAAUUCAAUCAUAUCCUGUGCCUCCCUCGGGUUGACAGACAGACUCCACGCUAGGCUGAAAGUUUUAUUCAUUGUGGCAAUGAUAUUGUCAAGUAUUAAAGACACAUUCUGUUGUUGAAGUUUUUAUUUCUGCUUA